UUCCUUUUGUGCUGAUUGGCUCUCAGCUGUCUGCUAAACACUGGAUUGGAUGGUGAUCAGCUGGGUUUGGGAAAUGCAGUUGUAUGAUAUGGCAUUUCAACUUUGUCCUUUGCAACAGACUUAAGCAUUCCUCCUAGACACCUAAACCACAGAGAGAUGCAUGGUGGGAUGGACCUCAUUGACCACCUGCUCAGGAACACAGAUGAAACCCCCAGUUGCCACAGCAACCAACCAUGGACUAUCACAAUUCAUGACUGGUGGUGUAAUGGGAUGGUGUAUACACGCCCUCCUCCACAGACCCUGAGCCCCGAGGGAAAUGCUGCUGAUGACUUCCUGGACGCCCUGCUGGGUGGAAGCGACUCCUCCUCGGCUCCGGCAUCCCCCCUGUGGUCACCCUGCACCACUGACAGCGGCAUCAACGAGGACCCCCAGACAGAUCCCACAGAGAGCCUUCACCCAGCCUCCUGCACAGCUUUUCCAGCCUUCGACACAAAUCCUUUCCCUCAGCCUCCACCUCUGGAGAACCAGCCAGCACCAAAUGAAAAAAUGUCUGAUGUUUCCAUUGAUCUAGGCUGGGAGUCUGGUGACCUCCAGGAGCAGUUUGAUAUUGCAUAUUACCUACAAACUACGAACCAAACCUCCCCUCUGUCGUCCGAUCAGACUCUCACAGUGAAAGACCUGCUGCUAUCCAACCUGGGACAGACAGCACAGCAAAUCCCCCAGCACUCCCUGCAGGAGCUUGUACUUAAUGAGGAUGAGAAGAAGCUUCUGGCUAAAGAAGGUGUGAACUUACCCAGCAAACUGCCGCUGUCCAAGUUUGAAGAGAGGGUUUUGAAGAAGAUCCGGCGGAAAAUCCGUAACAAGCACUCGGCUCAAGAAAGUCGGAAGAAGAAGAGGGAAUAUGUUGAUAGUCUGGAGGGAAGGAUGUCUGCAUGCAGUGCUAACAACCUUGAGCUGCAGAGAAAGAUCCAGGAGCUGGAGAAAACCAACAAUGCUCUGUUGGAGCAGCUAAACUGGCUGCAGGCUCUCCUUCCUAACAGCUCCAGCAAAACAAAACACAGAGGGACCUGCAUCCUGGUUUUUCUCCUCUCCUUCUCCCUGCUCAUUUCCUCAAAUCUUCAGCCAGACCCUUACAGCCAACUCAGCCAGGGAGAGUACACACAGAGCAAAGUGCCGUCCCGCUCCCUGCAGUCGAUGGAUGAAGCGCGAGACGUCCCUCCUCUUCCUCUCCUCUCUGUUACCAGGGGCUUUAAGGCCCUGUACAGCCUGACAGAGAAGCACUGACUCAGGACAGGUCUUCCCACGAUAGACUUCCCAUCCAGCAUAGGGACAAUCCCUGAUCUUGAUGUAGCAAAGGAGUGCAGGCUCACUUGCAAGCGCAGCAUCCAAAUGAGCAGUUUGAUUGUUUUCCAGUGUCUGGCUCUCACUGCAGAGACUGAGUGAGGUAUUAUGGUGUGGUUGCCAUCUGCUCCAACACACAAACAGCUAGUUAAAAGAUUUUUCUAACUGAACUUCACUCACUCAGAUGGAGUUGGGCGAGGAUGUCAUCCAAACAGACGUCAUUUUUCAUUUUGCUUUGGAAAAUGGAGCCUCAGGGACUUGGUCGAGCAUGUAUUAUAUUGCUGACUGCAAGACGUAGGCAUGUAUGAUCUGUAAAACACAAAUGUAUUUUCUUAUUUACUUUUAAUGUAUAUGUUGAAGAACCUUAUCAAAAAUGAGAAUUUGAGUUGCAUUUUGUAACUGUUCAGUGCAAAGCUGACAAAGCAUAAAAGAAUUUAAUAAUUUGAAUUUUGGAAGCACCUGAAAGGUUUUGUUUCUUUCAGUAAAGCCAUGUGUCCAAUUUGGGAGAGAUUUGCAUCCCAAAAAUAAUGAGGCAAUAUUUAAAAAACAAAAAUUAUUUGGCCCCCAAAAAUAAAUUACUUAAUAAGCAAAAGUUGCCGGAUGACUUCUCACUUCAAUAAAAACUAAUAAUAAGCUUCACUUUCAUGCCAGCUAUCAAUAUGAAAAAGUGGGCUUCAGUUUUUAAGAAUAGUGGAUAUCAUAUCUCACUUUUAGAGCAAAAGUCUAUGUUGUUAUUAUAUUUGUGGAAAUAUAAUUAUUGGUUGGUCAUGUAUCUAUGUAAAGUGCAUUUUUCUGGUGGGGUCAAAAUGAAACGUUGCAAAAUCCCCUGUUA